GAGAGCGCCAGAUCCUACUUGUUUGUUCGAAACUCAUGAUAAGUGCGCCGCCAACGAGGCUUGAACAGUUAGUCUAAUGUUUUUUUUUUAAUUUUUUUGCCAGUACCUAUGUGAUACGAUGAGAUAUAAAUGUUUUUGCUUUUAGAUGAAGCCAGGACUGUUUGUGUUUUUUUAUUUCGACCAUUGUUUUAUUACUUCCGGAAAAUCCACACAGAAACCUCAGAUGAAGAUCGCAGAUGAAGCAGCUCACUGUUUGUUCUCUCUCUGGAUUGGAAAUAUUUGAUUGUUUCCAAUUUCUCAUCUGAUGAGGCUUACAUCGUGUUUGGAGGCUGAGAAAGAGUCAUAAGCUCACUCGCCGGCCCUGCAGACGUCCAGCUUUCUCAAUCUGAGGCCAUGACAGAGCCCAAGACGUCUCCACCUGCGAGUGGCGUAACGUGGGCACGGGUGUGCAAGGAAUGUGGACAGUGCCAUGAAGGUCAGGACAGUCACUUGUAUGAAUACCAGGAUGAGGUGGAUGAUGAGCUGGUAUGCCACAUCUGCCUGCAGCCACUGUUGCAGCCCAUGGACACGCCGUGCGGCCACACAUACUGCUUCCAGUGCCUCAGCAACUUCCUCCAUGAUCAGGACUUCUGCCCCGUGGAUCGCCAGCGGCUUCAGCUGCAGCAAUGCCGAGCCUCCAGCCUGCUGGUGCGUAACCUUCUGGACAAACUUGCCGUGCUGUGUCCAUUCCGCAGCGAGUGCCAGCAAAACAUGCAGCGCUGUGAAUUGCAGCCCCAUCUGCACAACAGAUGUCCUGCAUUUAAACGGCUCAGGGAGGAGGCAGAGAGAAAGAAAAGACCCUCCUGGAAUGAGUUAAAGGGAAGCAAAUCAGAUGGAGACUUGACUGAUACAAAAUUCACCCCAUCAAUAACACGCACAGCUCAAACCAGUGAAACUGGCCUGGUCAAUCCUGCCUUUGAGGAGGGUGAAGAUGACACCCCUCUGAGGUCCAGUCUCGUAGCAGAGGCGACUGUGGUGGAGCUGUUUCUGGAAGAGCCAGAGGUGGAUUUAGGAUUGCGUAUAGUGGGAGGAAAGGACACACCUUUGGGCAACAUUGUCAUACAGGAGAUUGUGCGUGAUUCACUGGCUGGUAGGGAUGGCAAGCUGGCCCCAGGAGAUCACAUUCUAGAGGUGAAUGAUGUCAGUUUUGCAUCCAUCCCCCACAGUCGUGCCAUCGCUGUGCUUCGGCAGUCAUGUUCCCGUCUCAGGCUAACCGUUAUGCAGGAAAAGGGCUUCAAGCCCCGCCCGGAACAACUUGCGCAACCAUCAGCCUCUCUUCUAUCACAGCUGUCCAAUCCCAACCAGAACCGUGGCACUGUCAUUCAGGUCACCUUGGUGAAGCGCGAUCGCUCUGAGCCACUGGGCAUCAAACUCAUCCGGAAGUCUGAGGAGCCAGGAGUCUUUAUCCUGGACCUUUUGCCUGGAGGCCUGGCUGCCAAAGAUGGGAAACUGCGGAAUAAUGACAAAGUGCUGGCCAUCAACGGACAGGACUUGAGACAUGGCACCCCAGAGAGCGCAGCUCAGAUCAUACAGGCAAGUGAAAUGCGGGUGAACUUCGUAGUAAUGAGGCUUCCUGAUCUCUCUGAGGAGGGGGGUGAGGGACAAAUCAGAGGGGCCAGGAGGGGCCCUGAACCGCAGUACUUCAAGCGACGCUCCACAUAUAUGAAGGACCCUCCAGGUGGGUUCUCCAGUCAGGAGAAGACAGUGAGUCUGAAGAAGGAACCUCGACACUCUCUGGGCAUCACCAUUGCAGGCGGGAGAGACUGUCGCAGCCGUUUGCCCGUCUACAUCACUAGUGUACAGCCAGUGGGCUGCCUGCACAGAGACGGCACCAUCAAAACAGGUGAUGUACUGCUGAGCAUAAAUGGUAUUGACCUGACCCAGCUGACCUACAAUGAGGCAGUGACUGUGCUAAAGGCUCAGGCUGCUCAGAACACAGUAACAUUACAAGUCAUCCAAACCUUUGCUGACAAGGAGGAAAAGGAUGGAGAAUCUAGCAGUACAGAAGACAUGGACACACUGGAGGCCCCCAAAGAGGACAAUGUUAACUGGGUUCCUCUCUGGACCCGCUGGCUUGGCCUACCCAGCUACAUGCACUGGUGUCGAGAUAUUAUGCUGAUGAAGACCAACAGUGAGAGUUGGGGCUUCAGUAUCGUCGGGGGUUAUGAGGAGAGCCACGGCCAGCAGCCCUUCUUCAUUAAGACCAUUGUGCCUGGAACCCCAGCCCACUUUGAUGGACGCCUCAAGUGCGGUGAUGAGAUUGUGGCUGUGAAUGGAGUCACUACAGUUGGCAUGAAUAACUCCUCCUUGAUCCCAAUGCUGAAGCUGCAGAAGAACAAAGUCACAUUGACUGUGGUGUCCUGGCCUGGCAGCCUGGUUUAAAGACCUGGUCUGAACUUGUACCCCUGUUACUGGUUCUAUCACAAGAUGGAUUUUUAGUUGAUAUACAAGUCCAUAAUUAGAAGAGAGAAUUGCAUAUUAAAUGUUGUUUUGUCCUCCCUGAAGGACAGGUUGCAGGUAAGAACAGAUGGGGCAAAACAGGGAAGACUGCCAACAAUCACUGACCCGGAGUUAAAAACAAGCAGGAAGGUUGACAUUGUUUAAUCCACUGCACUGUAGACAUUUUAGUGUUUUGCAGGUGUAAUAUUCUUUUGUUGAGCUGUAAUGAUGAAGUGUGAACUGCACUUAAGGACACUGGGCAUGCUUGACUUAACAAGAGAAAUAUUAAGUUCCUGUUUCAAUAGAAAACUUUUAAAUUGGGACAUUUUAACUUUGAACUAUGCCUCCUGCCUGGGUCUAUUUUAGUAUGAAACUUUAAGACAUUAUUUCCAUAUAUAACUUUUAGAAGAUGUAUGAUUUACUUUAAGUGGUCAGUAGUGAGGUAAUACAAAUAAUUAUUUUGACAAUGGAUUUGGACCAUAUUAAAUUCUUAUAUUGAUGGCCUCUCUAAUUACACUCUAAUUGCACAUAGAUGGCCUCUCUUGUUAAGUGUUCUGAGCAUAGUGACACUAGUGUAACCCUUUGUUGUUGCUAUUGCGGUAUUAGUAUGGACUGUUUUAUGAAACCACAGCUUGGCUUGUUUGAAAUAUUUUCAAGAAUGUAUUUCUCGAGUGCCUUGCAUAUAAAAGUGUACAUACACACUGAUUCACACUUGCCUUAAUUGCCUGUAUACCAAAAAUGGCAUUCUUUAUCAUUGGCCUGUUAUCAAAUUUAGACUAUUUUAAUACCUUUUAUAAAUGCUUUCAGUUUUUUUCUGCUGAGAUCUGAGUUUGACCUCUUUUUAAUGUGCUUCAGUGAAUUCCAAUGAUGUUCUGUCCUUUUGAGUAGCUGAGUAGCAUAGCAACAGGAAAGGGUUGCUAUGUCGACAGAAUAAAAGAUUGUGUUCUAUUUUAUUAUGUCAUUGUUGUGAGGCAGUGACGCACACUUUUUUUAUUAAUUUUUUUAAUGUUUACUCUCCUAAUUGAACCGUAACAUUAUUUUCUAUUCCAUUAGGUGUAUUCUUUUAUUUUCUUAACUCCUGUGGAUUACCAAACAAUUAUUUAUGCUCCAUAUGUAUGUACAUAAUCCAUCCAAAUAUAAUGUAAUCCACUAGGUCUUAUCCUAAAGUGCAUUAGAAAAUCAAAACCUGAUCUGCAAGUUUCACUACAGUAUCUGACGAAAUUUUAAACCUGUUUAGAUUACAUAUGGUUUUGCUUCAGCAGUGUGAUGUUUUUCUGUUAUUCAAGAGCUAAUGCUAAAGACCCAUAUUUCACUGCCUCUGCAAAUCAGUCAUUAUAGUUCCUGUGGGAUUCCUAGGCAAUAACAGCAGCUUUGCCCUGUUGGGUAUCACUCCAUCUGAGCAGCUUGAAGGGCAAAUGAGCCACGUGCUGUCACACGGGAUCUCUGGAGGAUGUAAAUCAACCUGCUGCAGUUUGAAUUUAAGCCUUGAACUAUGAACUAAGGAUUAAAUGGUUUUAAAUCCUUCUGACAAGCUAAACCAAUGUAACCAUAGGUUGCCAACUGUGAAAGAAUAAAUAAUGAUGUUUUCUAUACAGUGUGUGAGGUAUACACAGUUGGAUUUGGAGUGAGAUGUUAAUGUCUCAGUUAUGUCAAACUCCAACUAUCAAGACAUUAGCUGUCCAAAAGUCAUAAGUCACUGAGCACCUGCAGAGAAUGUGAGACUCAAAACAAAGCACAAAACAAUACAGUAGGUUGCAACGGGGCUAAAGGCACACCUUAAGGAGAAUUGCUUUUUUCUGGUCACAAAAUGAAUCAAGAUUUAAAUAAUCGAGUUAUUUUUACUGAAUAUUGAAGGAGCUACAUCAUUUGUGUGAGAAGAAAUCAUAACUGUUGUUUUGAUUAGAAUUCACCUCAAAUACUAUACUUUCACUUAUUGGACAGUUAUUAAAAAAAGUUUGAUUUAAUCACCUUGAACAAAACUGAAAAUGAAUAUUUUUUUUCACAAUAAAUGUGGUGAUUUCAGGGAUUUUCAUUUGCUACAUAAAUUUGCAACAUUUUAAACCAAUAUUAACAAUUAGAUAAAAUUGUCUCAAAAUCAACCUUUAGACACCACACACAAAGAUAUCCUGGAUCAGGUAAAUUUUGCAGUGUAUAGUGACAAACAGGUGUUUAGAAAAGUACUGUGGUUUUUGUUGCUAUUUAGUGUUUAGGGAGAAAAUAAAAUCAAAGGUGCCUUUUACCCCAGGGGGCCUUUAGCCCUGUUGUACCCUGUUACACACAGAUCUUUAUCUCUGAUCAUAUAUGUCAAAGAUGUGACAAAAAAAAUAUUAAUGUAACCAAAGAAUUCUGUAAUGUGCAAAUUCCAUCAAAAAGGACAAUCUAAAAUCUGUCAUUAUUUAAAGUCAAAUUUGAAACUUCACACUUACGUAUUUCCACUAUCUUCAUUGUGUCUUAGCCUGCCCCCUAGAGGGCAUGUGAAGCUCAAUAUAAUAACAUUUAUUUAAAAUGUAUGCAUUGUUGUACAAUUGCUGCUAAAUUAGGCUAAUAUCUACAAAAUAUAUUAUCUAGCUAGUAUCUUCUUGGACCACUAGUAAAAGAGGUCAUAUUCUCUUAAGCGCAGCUGUGAAUCUGAAUCACUCAUGCUGAGUUAAGUUUGUUUUUCACACUCCUCUCAACCCACCCCCCUCUCUAUAUGGUCUAUAGAGCCCAAUGCGUUAAUGUAAUAUUUGUAUCCUUAUGUAAAUGGAAAGUAAUAGCAAUACAUUACAAUUUUAAUUCCCUGUAUUUAUGCAUUAAAUCUAUUUUAAAUCU